CGUGGUCGUGACAGGAGUGCUUACUGCUUUCUCGCCCUCUUCCCAGCUGUUACUGUUAACAUUACGUGGAAGUUACUUCUAGCUUAAAUUAGUGCUAAAUUGAUUAAUUAUUCGUUUUUAUUGUAAAUUCGGCUUCAAUUUGAGAAAGAGCGUGCAGGGGUUUAAUCGGGAGAAAUAAAGUAGAACCUUUUAAAAUAUGCUGAGAUAACCAAAUGUCAGCUAGGCGACGUCGAGGUGGGUCGGAAUCAGAACAGCAGCAGCCUCUGAUUCAAAUCGACAGCCCGAGGGGCCCAGUUGUGGGAAACGGCAAUGCGAUUUCAGCCCGGCCGAGUCUGAAACAAGAGGAAUUCGGGAGUAGAAUGUCGAGGGACAGGACCAAAGAGUUCCACCUCGCCGUUCGGUCUCUCCAAGGGAGGAACAUUGUACGCGCUGUCGCUGUAAAAGAUGCAACUAAAGCGAAACAUCUGCAAAACUAUGGGGAGUUCAGGCUGCUAUCUUCCGGCAUUGGGAAAAACAUAAGCAGCACGUAUACGAAACUGGAAAAACUCACUUUAUUGGCCAAACGAAAGCCUUUAUUCAAUGAUCAACCGGCUGAAAUACAGGAAUUGACUUAUAUUAUAAAAGAAGAUCUGAGCAGUCUGAAUACCCAGAUAGCCCGUCUGCAAGACAUAACGAGACGGCAAAAUGAAACUAGAAACCAAACGAAAGCACAGCAUCUUUUUACGCAUUCUUCCAGCAUCGUUUUAGCCCUUCAAUCCAAAUUAGCUUCCAUGUCAUCACAAUUCAAACACGUAUUAGAAGUUAGGACUGAGAAUCUGAAAGAAGCAAAAAAACGAAGGGAGCAGUUUUCCCAAGGGACAGUGUCUGCAUCUGCUCCUCAUUCUGUUUUCAGCGGAGGAGCUCAGGGUUCUGUGCUUCUCUCUGAAGAUAAUGCUGUCACCAUAGAUAUGAGUGGCCAGCCGACUUCAAAUAAACAAAUGCAACUUGUUUCAUAUGAUGAGACUGACCAAUAUUUGACCAGUAGGGCAGAAACAAUGCAAAAUAUCGAGUCAACGAUUGUCGAACUCGGUGGUAUUUUUCAACAGCUGGCUCAUAUGGUUAAAGAACAGGAAGAAAUGGUCGAUAGGAUUGACACAAAUGUGCAGGAUACAGAACUGAAUGUAGAAGCUGCACAUAGGGAAAUCCUGAAAUACUUCCAGUCUGUAACGUCAAAUCGAUGGCUCAUGAUCAAAAUUUUCGCUGUUCUGAUCUUCUUUUUUAUGUUUUUCAUUAUAUUCAUGGCAUAGUUGACAUUAUGCCAUGUCCGAUGUAUAAAACAAAGGUUGUAAAUACUGUUAUACAAGACAAACGCAUUCCUAUUGUUAACAAAUUAAAAAAAGAUAACAAUUGUGUAAAAUAUGAUGUAAAAAAAUUUUAAUUUAUAAUUUUUGAAUUGAA